AUGGAGCCGACUGCGCGCCUGGGCGACGGCGAGCGCGCACCUGGAGAUGGCGGCGGUGAAGGAGAGCGCGCGCCUGGGCGACUGUGGCGGCGAGCGCGUGCCUGGAGACGACGGCGACGAAGGCGGCAGUGGGGGUGGAGGUCAUCAAUCGGCGCUCAAUCAGGCUGCAACUGCGUUGGCCUUGGCGAGCUCGACAAAGAGGUGGGUGGCAACAAGAUCAAUCAGGCUGCAACUGCCUCAGCGCUGGCGCCGCCGCUCUUCUGCCUCCGCUUCUCCGGCAGUAAAGGCCGCGGCGGCGGGCUUCUUUGCCAUCCUGCUGCGCCUACAGAGAGAUGGAUGGGAUUGGGGAGGAGAACCGCAGGGGCGAAGGUCAUCGAUCCGCUCUGCUUGGCCCAAUUUGAUAAGGAGGACGCCGCCCUCCUCUGCCUCACCUCCUCUGCUUCUGGGCUGGUGCAGCUGGAGUAUCUCCGCGGGAUCUCUCCGAUGACAACAAGCAACACUUGCAUAACCUACCCCAGCUUCACGAUCUAUCUCCACAGCUGCUCACCCCAGGGAACCAAGAUGCAGGCGUGAAGAAUAUCAAUAAACAGGU